AUGCUCCGGGCACUUCUUCUUCUUCUUCUGGCUCUCCCUACAGUAAUCCUCGCGUUGGGACGAACCCAAUCGGUCGGAGUGAAAGGGACUCUGAUCUGUGAGGACAAGCCUGCUGGAGGAGUGAAAAUCAAGAUUUAUGAUGAGGAUAAGUGUGAGUUUCAAUUCUCGAAAGUGUCCAACAGAACAUUUCGCUUUGCUUUCAGUGUCGCCGGAUGAGUUGAUGGUCGCCGGAAAGACGGACUCGGACGGAAGGUUCGAUCUGAAGGGAAGCGCCGACGAGUUCACGUCGAUCGAGCCGAAGAUCAACAUCUACCACGACUGUGACGACGGAAUCAAACCGUGCCAGAGGAAGAUCACCGUGUACAUUCCGAGCAAAUACAUCUCCAGCGGAAAGGAACCCAAGAAGAUCUUCGACUUUGGAACCCUUCAGUUGGCGGGAAAGUUCACCGGAGAGACUAGAGAUUGUUUGAAUUAA